AUGGGUCUUCUACCAGCCUAUCUUGACAAAAUAGAAGAAUUAUCCAAAUCAGAACAAGAUACACCUCGUCAAGUUUAUGUUUUUCUUUCUUUCUAUCCAUCGUUUGAAUUAUUUAAACAACUUCGAAUACUUUAUUUUCAUUUUACCGGUGAAGGUAUCGAUCGAGAAAUUGUUGAAAGAGCUCUUAAUUCAAUAUUGCAAACGACUAUUGACACUUUAUCAAUCAAAGAUAUGAACACAGAUAAUAGAUCAUCAUUAGGAAAUGUUAUUGUUGAUUUUUUUCGCUUAAAAUCACUCAAGCGAUUUUCUCUUAUGAUCAAUAUUAUAUUUAUAAAUUGGAGUGAUUUGGCGAACGUCUCAUCAAAUAUUGAACAUUUGACUAUUUCCGGUAUACAUUUUCGAUUUCAACAUUUACAAUAUAUUUUCCAUUGUGCUCCUCCAUCUUAA